AUGAAAAGCAAUCAAGAAAAAAAGAUCAAGGAGGAGGAGGGCAAUAAUUUGAGGAUAGAUAUCACAAAGAUGAAGUGGACGAACACCAAACUUACUCAAAAAGUGAAAACUCUUGAAGAACAAAAAAACGUUCUCGUUAAACAGUUUGAUAUUCAAAAGGUUGAUUUGAGUUCUGCAGAGAAAGAAUUAGCUGAUUGCAGAGAUGAAACAGAAAAUAUGAAGAGGGAGCUAAACGAAUUUAUAAGAUCACGAGAUCUGAUGAACAAGGCAUAUUUUGUAUUUUUCAAAUAUCAUUUAAAUAUUUUUUAG